UGGGACGUCUGCUUUCGAGUUUGAACGUUUGUGGUGUUGACCAGCCCGGAGCGAAUUAAAAAUGGGUGAUGUUGAAAAAGGCAAGAAGAUUUUUGUUCAGAAAUGUGCCCAGUGCCACACUGUGGAAAAGGGGGGCAAGCACAAGACUGGCCCAAAUCUCCAUGGUCUCUUUGGGCAGAAGACGGGCCAGGCUGCGGGAUUCUCUUACACAGACGCCAACAAGAACAAAGGCAUCACCUGGGGAGAGGAUACCCUGAUGGAGUAUUUGGAGAAUCCCAAAAAGUACAUCCCUGGAACAAAAAUGAUCUUCGCUGGAAUCAAGAAGAAGGGAGAAAGGGCAGACCUGAUAGCUUAUCUUAAGAAGGCUACCAAUGAGUAGUUCCACUGCCUUAUUUAUUACAAAACAAAUGUCCCGUGGCUUUUAAUGAAUACCAUAAUUUAAUUCAUACACCAAAUUCAGAUCAUGAAUGGCUAACUAUGUUUUUGUUGGAUGGUCCUGAUUUAAGUAAAACUGACUUGUCA